CGGGCCGGGUCAGUGGACGUUCGGGCGCGCGCGAGCUUGCCUUUUCCAACACGAGUGACAAUGAAAAGUGGCUCGUGAGCAAGUGAAAAGAAAGGAAGAAGUGCAUCGGACGACAAGUGCAUUCGGUGACGAUAUUAGUGCGGUGGGCAGCAGGCACGAAGACGGAUUCGGAUGAGCAAGAAAUCAAGCAAAAGCAAGGAAGAAAGAAACACACACAAAACAUGCCCAUUGCCAAAGUUUGGCAUAGUUGUUUGUGUGUGUGUGUGUGUGCGCGGUUGUGUGUAGGUUACAGUACGUUACAGUUGGUCGCCGCCGCCUUUCUGUGCCUUUAGCAGGAAUUUCAGAUUCAGAUCAGUCGACAGUCAGUUGGAUGAGGUGAAGUAGAACAAAACAGGAAGGAGCAUGUUUCUCGCAGAGUGUGAAGAACGAAAGAUGACAUGAUUAUCACAUUGCUUUAGUUUACGGAUGUAAGAGAAUUAGCGAAUUUAAGUUCAUUCGCCCUAGAUCAGCUGUUUGUCAAAGUUUUGGGCGAGAGAGACACGCCGCAACAAGCGCAACAAUUAAGGAACAUCAAGAUCUUACCGUGCCGAUAAAGGACGAAAUGGGUACACCCGACAUGGGCACCGGCGUGUCCGGAUACCAUCCACCUCGUCCCGUAUGCUAAUCAAUCUGGCAGCAGCAACGAGCAGCAGGUGUCUGUCCAUCCUGCGUGAGGUUAAGGCCGUGAGGCCUUUUUGGACGCAAGAUUAACUGGUCAAUAGCCCUGGUUCGGGUUGCGGGCAUCGCACGGAUCGCAACGGACAGUCACCUGCCACGUGGAAUUCAUUGUCACUGUGAAUGUGUUUCGUGUGUUUGUUUUGACCCCCGGAGGCAUCAAGAACUCGCCGAACCGAAAACGCGCGCCCAACCAAGAUAUCAUCGCGAAUGUGUGUGUGUUAUAUGUGUGGUGUCCUGUAAUUGUGAUUGAUCAGCAGCAGCAGCAGCAGCGCUAAUGAGUAAAUUAUAAAGACAUCAAAAAGCGGCAUCAUUUACCAGGGCCGACACUAAUUGGUGGGACGUUCGGUGUCUCCUUAGUGUGUCCUGAGUGUGUAUGUGUGUGUGUGUGUGUGUGUGUGUGUCUGUGUCAAAACGCUUGUUGCCAGCACAAGCCCAGAAGCAUCGUAAUAAUAAUAAUAAUAAUAAUAAUGAUGCCGCGAAAACGCGUGUGACAAUUACAGUGAUAAGUGAGUGAAGAACGAUCAACCGCGUGUGCGUGCGUGUGUGUGCUUUUAUGUUGGUGGUCGAUCGAUCAUAAAAAGAAGCAGAAGAGGCAAAACGGGACGAGGCAGCUCCCGAUCGCGACGCCCCCGGGUUGCGCGUUCUGAUUAUGCCGCUGUUGGUUGCGCCGAGAAGUUCGCAUGGAGUGGCGCUCGUAGACCACCAGCCGCUUUACCGUUUGCAGCCACCACGGUCCGGGUCGGUCGAGCUGGAGCACCAAUCGUCACCGCCGCCACCGCCGCCGCCGGAAGGGAACGGGGUCGCCGCUCCGCCGGCCAGGGCCGCAGACAGUGCGGUCGAUUUCAGCAUGUCCAAGUUUAAGGCGUCCUCGCGCCACUCGCUCUAUCGGCAGUUUUACGGUGGCGAUGAGUCGCCCCCCUACGAGAAGCCGACGGAAGAGACAGAACCCGCCGAGCCGGAAGGGCGCGAAAAAUCCUUCGGUAAAGUAUGGCUCAACAAUGAGGCGCAAUGGCACCAUCCGAUAGCGAUGGCACCUGGUCAACCGCCCACUCCCAUCGUACCCGGACCGCCGUUGUCCAGUGGGCCACCACCGCCCCCGCUCAACAUGUCGCUGCCGCCCGGCUCCUCGAUGGCACUGCACUCGGUAACGCACCAGCCGUCCCUGUACCUGAACCCGACCAGCCUGAUGAGCCUGCGGGACAUGAUGCUGCAAAGCCCGGCCGGCCUGAGCCUGCUGAACGCGGACGCCGGCGGACCGCUCGGGCUGCUCAAGCGCAGCAUGCUAGAAUCCAUGCCCUCCAGCUCCUCGCCCUCGCCCUUCCCGCUCGGCAGCAUCUCGUCCAGCCCGAGCACAACGGCCACCUCCACGUACAGCCUGCCAUCGAUAAUUCCAACGACCGUUGCAUCAUUAUCACAGCAGCAGCAGCAGCAACACAACCUCAACCACCAUCACCACCACCACCAGAUCAAAAAGGAACGCGACGAAUCCGACAUCGAGAUGGACGGGGACCGGGAGGAGCUGGACAAAACACCGGCCAAACAUCGGCGCGCACAGUCGCCCACGUUGCCCGCCGGCCUGCACCGGCCCCAGCUUUCCCUGUCACCGUUUCGCUCAUCGCCGCCAUCUUCCUACUAUCGCACGCAGCAGCAGCAGCCAUCGUCGGCCAUCGAUCAGGCCGGCUUACCGCAUCGAUCAGCGGCGGCAACCGUCUCCCAUCAGCCACAUCUCUAUCAUCACGCUGCCAGCAGCUCGGCGACAUCCGCGACGGUAGCCGUCGCCGCCGUCCCGUCACAUCAAAGGCAUCCGCAUCAAAGGGAUUCCGCUGAGCGUGAGCUGCAUUUAAAUGCGAGCAUGAUGCGAGCGGCGAAAAACGAUCGCGACCCGCAGCCGCCACCACCACCGAAUCACGGGGAUCAUCCGUCACAGCUUCCACCGCACCUGCUGCCGCCGCCCGGGUUUGCGAACCGAGCGGCCGAGCUGGAAUUGCUUCGUGACGGGGGGCUGGGUCGGCCGGGGCAGCCCGAUUCGGAUGGUGAGCGUGAGGAGGGCAACAGAAGGAAACAGGAGCGAGCUGCUGGAGGCCACGGGCCCAAGCGGGCAAAGGCGGGCAGUGGGGAUGAGUUUGAGCUGCAUCGUGAGCUGCGCUUCGGUGCAAUGGCGUCCAAAGUGGUGGAGCAUGACGCGACGAAUCAUGUGCAAUCGCGAAGGAAGGAUCCGGCAACGCGCAGCAAGUCAUCCUCGCCCGAUCUAAGCAUAAAAACUCCAAAAUCACCAUCUCCGCCCCGUUCGCAUGACGACAUUGACAGCGACCGUGACGAUGGCAGCGACCGCGAGCACCUCAGCAGCCCUAUUCCAAACGAGCGUCCGGAACGAACCACGCCACUCAAUCUAAUCACAGAUUCAUCGCGACGGACACCCUCACCACCCGCCUCCAGUGCCGUGCCGGGUGGUGGGCUGGGAGUCGCCCUGGCCGCCCUACAAAACCAUCUGCCCCUCAGCUCACUGUUCCUGCAGAACCAGCUCGGACUCGGUGGACUGGCCGGCCUUUCCGGACAAGACAUCGGCAUGCUCCAGCAGGCCCUGCAAGCCCAGCAAGCAUCCCUCCAGCAGCAGCUCCAGCAGUACAUGCUGCUGCAGGUACAGGGAGGAGCAGCGAGUGCGAACGGGAAUGCUGCCGCCGCAGCCACGGCCCAAGCGCAGGCCGCCGCUCAGUUUCUCAUGCAGAAUCAGCUAAGUCUAAGCUUUUCCCCAACGCCCGGCACGGAUUGUGCCACCAAGCAGCCCACCAGCAAUGGGAGUGCCGCCGUCAUCGUCAGCGAAGGACAGACCGUGUCUCGAACUUCGAUGCAGGUCCAGCAGGCCGUUGCCCAGCUGCAGGCCCUCCAGAAGCAGCAGCAGCUGAAACCGACCAGCUCCACGCCGACACCGGGCGCGACCGCCACCAGCUCUCCACUGCACAGUCCCUCCGGCAGCCCGGGACUCCAUCACCACUCCACCCAAACGGGCGCCAUGCUCGGUGCAAGCCAGACGACACCGCCGAACGUAAGCCAGCUAAACGUGGGCGGCAUACUAACCCCCUCCACGCCCGGCUCGGGUGCUCACACACCCCAACUCCAGAAGCAUUCCGCCGCGCCACGUGCCCUCGAACCGUCGCCCGAAGAAACGACCGAUCUGGAGGAGCUGGAACAGUUCGCCAAAACGUUCAAGCAGCGCCGGAUAAAGCUCGGCUUCACGCAGGGCGAUGUGGGGCUGGCGAUGGGCAAGCUGUACGGAAAUGACUUCUCGCAAACCACCAUCUCCCGGUUCGAGGCCCUCAACCUGAGCUUCAAGAACAUGUGCAAGCUAAAGCCGCUGCUGCAGAAGUGGCUCGAGGACGCGGACAGUAGCAUCUCCAACCCGGGCGGACGCAUCUUCAGCCCCGCCGCCCUCUCCAACACGAUGGCCACGCCGGAAACGAUGGGCCGGCGGCGCAAGAAGCGCACCUCGAUCGAAACGUCCGUGCGCGUGGCGCUGGAGAAAGCGUUCCUCGUCAACUGCAAACCGACGAGCGAAGAGAUUUCCACCCUCGCCGACAACCUGUGCAUGGAGAAGGAGGUGGUGCGCGUGUGGUUCUGCAACCGGCGGCAGAAGGAGAAGCGAAUAAACCCACCGAACGGUAUGGACAGUCCGACGCACUCGUCCGCCAGUGGAGAGCUAUUCCCGGCCGGGCUCGUGCCCGGACUGUCCUCACCUUCGUCUGCCACAUCCGGUGGUGGUGGUGGUGGUGGUGGUGGAGGAGGACACCACUAUGCACCUCACCUAUCGCUCCAUCAUCACAGCGGGAGCAUCAAGCAGGAAUGACCGGUGGUGGUGGUCGAGCGAGCGCUUGGUUGGCCAUCCCCACCUUCCCCGGUGGAACGAGCACCGCAAAGCUACCUGCACUGAAGCAGGGACCAGGAUUUCGGCUGCUACUGUGGAGGGGGGCAACAUAUCAACAGUAUCCCAACACAGAAGGUGUAAUAAAGAAGAGAGAGAGAGAGAGAGAGAGAAG